AUGCCAUCUCUGGGAUGCGGAACUUGUCGAGCGCGUAAAGUGCGUUGUGACCAAACUUAUCCGAAGUGCAAUCGGUGCAUCAAAGCAGGACGCCACUGCAAGGGCUAUGGCAUGCAGUUGUCUUGGCCGCGUCGGAAUGAUACCCGCCGGGCGAUAGUUGGCCCUAGACCACGCAUCAAGAGUAAACAGUCUGAGCAUCGAUUGGUGAAUACCACCUUUACAGAUAUUAGGCUGCACGAUGUAGUAUCUUUGUCGGAUAAAACCUAUGGAGUACACAUGCUGGGGCUGCCUGAAGUAUCCUUUGGAUCUUCCGAUGCAAGUUCCUCUGAGGCAUCAGAGCCACUAUCAUUGAUCAAAGGUCCGGCAGUGGGACCCAUAGCUAGACUCAUACCAGCCGAUCAGAGAUCCUUUCAGUAUUGUAAGUUUUACCGUCCACUCCAUACUAGCAUGCCCCUUGCGAACAGCUUCCACUUACUCCAGCCAGUCAUACAGACAGCUUCACACUCCAUCACGUCUUUUGGACAUGAUGCUCCAAGGGUUCGGGAACUGUUAAUCCAGAUAGCCCUCUCGGAUUUUUCACCUUCAUCUACAGCAGUUCUCAAAUCUGCUCUAGCACUUGCCUCCUUCCAUCGCGGCAACUCACCACAAACGACCGCUCAUUAUAAAGUAGUCGCUCUGCGAAAACUAGCAGAGUCAACACAAGGCCGCAUCAGCGUUACUGAUUCAGCCUGCCAUAUAGCAGCUGGCAUGAUACUAAGCACGCUAGAGAUACAGCAAAACUCCAUGAAGUCGAGCCAUUGGCUAUGGUAUGCUUGUGGCGCUGCCAAGAUCGUCAAGACAGCUGGGCUAGAUGUGGAUAACCUUGACCACGAUACAGCUGCUCUUGUAGGCUGGGUGCACUAUUUUAAUACUUUAUCUAGGUUCAGCUUACGCCACUGGCAGCCACAUGUCACGCUUGAUCCCGAUGACGCUGCGGAUUCGUUUCACCCAGUUGUAUGCGGCAAUGGACAGCCCGAAAGUCUUACAGGUGCGCCGCAUGAGAUAUUAUAUCUCCUGUCUGAAGCUUUCAACGCCGCAACAGUGCCUUCUGACCCGCGCUACGAAACGAAGGCCCAUAGAAGCCAUCUUGAAACACUAGAUUGGAAGCUACGCAAUCUUGAGAAGAAAGGACCGGAUAACAAUGCUUCUGCUGAUACAGCGCAUCCAGCAUUCGAUCUAGUUGUCGAGCUGUACCGCCUAGCUACUCUGAUCUAUCUCAGACGCGCAUCUGCAGGAAUCCUUCCACUAGAUCAAAAGUUCACAACGUGGGUAGGACAGGCGUUUGAGUUACUUGAACGACUACCUGCCUGCCAAUGGCCAUUUCCUUUACUCAUUUUUGGCUGUGAGGCAGAAAGCGAUAGGCAAAGAAUGAUCAUUCUGGAUGUUAUGGACAGGACGAGUGAAAAUAUGCAGUACCGAAAUAUUGCAACGGUCAAAAGAGUCAUCGAGACGAUCUGGGUGCAAAAGGACUUGUAUACUGAGGAGAUGAAUUAUAUUAGGAAGUUGGGCGUUAUUCUGAGCUCGACUCACAAGUCGGUACCAGCGUUUAUAUAG